AUGAGUUGUCAAAAGACCUCGCAAUGACCUAUGGGAAAUUCUUGGCGGAAUUCUUGAAUCUUGCCAAAUAAUGAUUGCGGAAUGUUAUGUCGUUGCGACUGAUUUUAAGUUCAGAAUACCGCAGUUAGUUCUGCAUAAUGUGUGACUAACUGCAGGUAAAUAUGCCCUACCGUAGGACAUGUACCGACAAAACCAGGGAGGAAGGAGUUGAAAGCGAUUUACACAAACUUGAACUGCGCAAAUCGAAAAUAAACAGACUGAAGCGAAGCCCAAAACCACCAUCACAGCCACCACGCACGGUGGACACCUCAGAUAUUACACAACCAGAGUUCAAGACACCUACCCGCCCUGUAAGAAGCAAAUUUGGCCGUUUGAUCAGUAAGGAAUCACCUUGCAAUGACUCCGAAAAUCAACACGAUAUCAUCUGGGAUCAGAGUUCACCGUCCCCCAUCCGGAAAGAUGGAGGAAUGUAUAAGGGGAGAGGACGGAGAAAAGACGCUUACGUCGGAAAAACAGACGUAACUGAUCUUGUCAGUCGGAUAGCUCCUAAGAACUCGAGACCAGUGGAUUCAGCAGAGUCUGAGCUCCAGUGGAUUGGAGUCAAUGGCAUCCCUUGCACUCCCGAGCUGUCUCAACCAAGGACAAAGACAAAAGCCAUCAAGAAGGACACCCAUGACCAUCUGAAGGAACUGGCCAAGCAGUUUGACUUCCAGCUGAUCGGACGUGAGAGGCCUGCCCAGAACCAGAGUCCCACUAAGCCCGCAGACCUGGACGUCGAAGACCUCGAUCUUUUUGCCGACGAAAACCAGGCUCCUUCCGACCCCUCACCGUUCGGGGCCGUCAGGGUCCUGUCUAUCGAUCAGGACAUGGAGGAGGAGGAGGACGACGACGACGCGCUGUUUAACGAGCUUUUUGACGGGCCCACGGUGAGCAUCGAGAACGGCCUCAGCCAGCCUCUGUCCGGCGUCUCUCAACACGUGAAGCCCGCCGCCGUGUCCACCUCGCAGUGCCCCAGAAACACCCCGGCCGCAGGAAACUCGGACGUGAGGAUACGCAGCCACGCGCCGAUGGUCUCCACCGACGCGACGCAGGUCUCUACUACUGGCCGCGUGGAUGUUGGAUUUGACGACGACUGGGAGGACGACGGUCUGCUUGACGACUCCAUGGUGAUGGAUAUGACCCAGCACCCGGAACGCUUUGCUCCGCCCAAACACUGUUCCACACAAAAGCCCGUCGCGGCGCAGCAGAGGGUUCUGACUGGCGCCACGGGCCCCACAAAUGUUCCGAACCAGAACCGUCAGUAUGGAGGCAGCAGUAGCAGUAGAGGUUCUAGUUUAUCUCAAGUUCCGACCGCGAUGCACAAAAGUGGGCAGACACUUACACCACCGGGAGUGGACGCCAGUCGCCAAGUCAGAACGUCGUCUGUUGCCGCAGGGUUGCCUAGCAACAACAGGAACGGCUUACGAAGCACUGGGCCUGUUGCGUCUCUGCCACGCGCUCCCUCGGACCUCCCAAACAAAACCAACAGCAAAACAGCGUCUGCAGCACCUGCAGCCGUGACCCGGCCCCUCGUGAAGACCAAGGCUGACGCCAGUGGAGCUCAGCUAUGCCCAGCACAACAGAGACCUACACCAGCCACUGGUGCUCAGUCAAAGCCAUUACAAGGACCCACAUGGGCGAAGCAACAGGUGACUGCUGCAGCCACAGUUGAGGAGAAACCCACAGGUGGCGUGCUCGACGGUGAGGCAGAUAUCCCGGACGACGACCUCGAUAUUUUCUUUGCCUCGGAUGCUGGGUGGGACGACGACGUGGACGACGAUGAUUUGCUCUGCGAAGCGUGCGAUGACGUGGAGUGUGCCAUUCCAGCGGUGGAACAACAAGCGUUCGCCGACGGUCAGAUGCUGAAUCGGACACAAAGUCAGGCCACCCCUCCAUCUGGGAUCACAGUGGGAUGCACAGGGCUUAAAGCUCCCUAUCAGAGUAGACCGCCCACUACUUUUGCCCAGCCUAUUCCACCGAGCAAAACCGUGUAUAGUACAUUGGGAAAUAAGGCAUCAGGUAAGAGUGUGCCUUCGAUGAACCAAAGUACUGCGGCUGUAGUCGGUGGGAGUUCCAGUGCUCAGUACCAAACGAACGUCAUGAGGCCACCCAGUGCUUCUGCUGGCGCAGGAGCCACUUCCUUUGGAGGCUCCUCCCACCACACCACCACAGCCAAUCACAUGGGAGGUGUAAGUUCUAAUACUCAGAGUGGCCAAUCCACAUUCGGUAGUGUUGGCCAAAGGAACUCUAUGAUGAGACCACCAGGUACUACCACCAGUGUGAAACCUCAAAGGCUCACGUACAGUAAAGAGACCACUUCAUUUGGAGGCUCCUCCCACCACACCACCACAGCCAAUCACAUGGGAAGUGUAAUUUCUAAUACUCAGAGUGGCCAAUCCACAUUCGGUAGUGUUGGCCAAAGGAACUCUAUGAUGAGACCACCAGGUACUACCACCAGUGUGGAACCUCAAAGGCUCACGUACAGUAAAGAGACCACUUCCUUUGAAGGCUCCUCCCACCACACCACUACAGCCAAUCAGCUGGGAGGUAAAGGAGGAGCCAUGGCGGGCUCCAACCAAUCGGCUGUGAGAAUGGGUGGCGGCAGUAGCAGCAGUAGUAACCAGUAUACUUUCAAGAGGCUGCCAAAAAAUAGCAGCACCAGCGCCAGCUGUUUCACAGGGACCACACAAGCUCCCGUCUCCUACCCCGCUAACCCGCGGUGUUCCGAGGCCGAGAUCGAGCGCAAGAAGCAGGAGGCGCUCGAGAGGAGACGGCUCCGAAUGCUCGCCACGCAGAACAAAAAGCAGAACCUCAGAGCCCCGUGCUAAGGUCUGGAUCCGGUUCUAAAAAACAGAUCAGGUUCUAAAAAAAGUUUCUCUCAACAAUUUGAUAGGAUACGUGAGGUUAAGUUGCUUUACAUUGGCCUUACAUUAUAUUGUAUUGGAAUCUUGAAUGAGAUUAGCGAACAUUGCACUAAAUUACAUCGCUGGCUUGAUCAGAUUUCAUAGUCUUUAAAGGCAUGCUCUCCCACAAGAAAGGUUGAAAUUGAUUGGUUAGAAGUUUAUGAUAUAUUAUUAUUAAUACCUAUUAUGGACGGGGUAACAUUUAUGAAGUUAUGAAAGUUUAUAUGUUUUUUAAAACCUUAGGCAGGAAUGCGACAUUUUAGAUGUUCAUAAUUCUGUCAUUUCACAUUUCUUGAUUUACAUCGUUUGUUACAUUGAGGAGAUCUACUGUCUUUGUCUUUCAUGAGAAACCUGUUUAUUGGAUGGCUGUCGUGGUCUGUCUUCAUUAUUUAUGUCUGUUAUGUUCUCUAUCAAUGUUUUUUUUUGCCUGACUAUAAAUAAGUGAGUUGGCCUCUUUCAAAAUAGUUUAUUUAUUGAAUGGGAAUAUUAUAAUGGGGAUUUUAAAAAAUGUUUUGUGUUUGAAUAAAUGCCAUGAACCAUA